CGACACCUUUUUCUGGUCCCGUCCAUUCUCACCACACGCACCAUCUCCAAUCCCCUCUCUUCUUUUCUCCGACAUCCUCCUUUCAAACAGUUGCGAUGCCAGAUAUCUAUAUGGUCAUAGGCGGGAGCGGAUUUCUGGGAAGACAUAUUGUGCAACAGCUAAGAGACAGAGGGGACACGGUGUCCGCUCUUGAUCUUGUCCAACGCUAUCACGACGUCCCCUUUUACUCUGCAGACAUCACAAAUCAGGCCCAGGUCGCGGCUGCUCUGAAGACUUCCGGCACGACAUGCAUCAUCCACACUGCCUCGCCGCCAGUCGCAAUGAAAGUCGAGGAUGCCGAUCUGUACUUUCGAGUGAAUGUCGGUGGAACGAAGGCCAUCAUUGCUGCCGCUGUCGAGACGGGCGUUCGCAAACUGGUGUUCACUAGCUCUGCCGGCGUCGUUUAUAGCGGGCAAGACAUUAUCGACAUGGAUGAGCGUGUAACAUAUCCCGAGAAACACAAGGAUGCCUACUCCCAGUCCAAGGCAGAGGCAGAGCAGGCUGUCCUUGAGGCGAACGGAAAAGGAGGUCUGCUGACAGUGGCUCUUCGGCCAGCAGGAAUCUUCGGUCCAGGGGAUCGUCAAGUCAUGGCUGGCAUUUUCAUGGUGUAUGAGAAGCGCCAGACUCACUUCCAAGUCGGGGACAACACCAACCUGUUCGACUGGACCUACGUCGGAAACGUGGCCUCCGCCCACCUCCUUGCCGCCGAUCGACUGUCUGAUCCACCACCUGCACCGACGCUAUCUGAGCUGCCUACCAUGCCACGGAUACCCGAGGAAGUGCCCCCGUUGACGGAGGAGGAACAGAACCUGGUCAAAUAUGCCCUCCCUUCGAUCAGUGGGACCACUGGAAAGUAUCGGGUGCCUACUUCCGAUGCACGACCUCUGGGCCCUGGCGUGUACCGACCUCCGAAUGCCGACGCUCUCGUUGCUGCAUUUGAGGCAGAAACAGACGCCAAGGUGCCUGCCGUGCGAACACGAUUCGACCCUCUUUCCGAGUACACCAUCGCGCGAACGAAGCUGAUGCACCCGGAGACGUCACCGCUGCAGGUUGCCGGCCAGGCCUUCUUCAUCACCAAUGGCGAGCCGUGUCAUUUCUGGGACUUUUUGCGGUACAUCUGGCACCACCUGGAUCAGGAGUAUCCGGAGAUUGCCAAGUCGCGUAAGAAGGGCACGUGGACCUUGCCGCGAGAAUUUGCGAUGGUUGCUGCCGGCGGCGCAGAGUGGUGGGCCUGGUUGACAGGGCGUGAUGCGACCUUCAACAAGUUCCGGGUGUCGUACAGCUGCGCCAAUCGCUGGUACAACAUCGAAAAGGCGCGUAGAGUACUGGGUUACGAGCCCAAGGUCAGCCUUGACGAAGGCGUGAAACUGAUGCUCGAGUGGUGGAAAAAAGAACACAGUCAAAAGCAUUAGCAGUAUACCCCGGAUAAUUAGCUCUACAAUAUUCUAAGUAUCAAGCACUUGGAUUUCUGCUGCCCGAAAAACAUGACCAUCACGGUCUCGAUAUUUGACGAAGAGCGGGUUCUUGGUGAGCGUGCUUUUGGUGCGCUCCGAGGGCAGGUUCUUGGUGGUGAGCUUGAGGUAGCUAGUGAGACUGACAGCCCCGAUGGCAAAGCCAGUCCCUUGAGACAGCGAAAAGUUCCCGGAUGUCACAUAACCGAUGAUUUCGGAGGGUAGUUCUCCUUCAUCGCUGGGAAUGGCGUAGAUUAAAGCCAGAUCCUGCGGAUUCCCCUCUUUGAUGGGAUUGAUUUUGACGCGCAACAACGCACUCGAUGCUAGUAACACUGAUGAUUGCUGCAAUGGGGCAAAAUGCCGUUUGAUUCGUAAAGCAUUGAGCUCAGCACUGAAAACACCGGGGUCUGCAAUGAGCUUGUCGAGCAGCGCCCGCACACCCGAUCCACGGAGAAGCCAAGGCUCCCAAGUCUCCUUGCCUGGCUCGCGCUGAGUGGAAACUAGAUCCGGGUCUGCACCCAAAACGACCUCCCAGUCAGCACGCCAGGGACUACGCGUUCCCAGUUUUUCGAAGUUCGGGCGUUUAGCAGGUGGCGUCCUCUCCCACCUUGCGCGCUCGGUUGAUUCACGCUCGGUCACAUGCGCCGUGUAACUAAGGCACGUGGGAUAGUCACGCGGAAAAUAGGCAGAUCCUGCCUCGAACGCUUGGGCAGCGCGCUCGCGUUGGCCGGCGACACGUGUUCCGGUGAACGUGAGAGACGAGAAGAAAGGCAUGCCCCAGCCGGCUGGCAGGAAUAGCGUCCAUCCAUGAAGACCUCGGUCGCUCGUCCCACUGCACUCUGUUGACCGCUGAACCAGGAGAACCGGCACCCGGUCAUCCUGGCGCAGAGCGGACAAGGGCGUCCCAGGAAUCAAGUUCUUCGAUCUUCGCUCGUCGAUGUCUUGCUUCUUGUACCGCGGUUUCCGAAGCCCGUUGCGACGCGCUUCGUCCCACAGCUCACUCUGGGCGAGCGUGGCAGAGGGAAUGAUUCUCGGCGACACAGUCAUUGUCUGCGGCUUUGCGUUGCUGGGUGGGAAUCUACAACAUGUGUCGGGGAGAUAGCACUUGGCGGGAUUGAAGCACGCUUACUUCAGCCGUGGGUCGAUGACUGUAAAGCCGAUGACCAUACCGCGAGGGAUAGAUCCAGAGGUCUGGAGAUCCGCCAAUGUGGCCCAGAACUAGGCUGUGUGUUAGAUUUCAGUUGACGAGGAGGUUGUCAUUCAACAAGCCUUCUUGAACUCGUCUCUCGAAUCUUGGGAUAUCGGUGUCAAAG